AUGAAGGCGUCACACCUGCUUGGCGCCGGUCUCUUCACCCUCGCCACCGCAGCAGGGCCAUACGCAACCUCCAGAAGAAACAACACCACUAGCCCGCUCAAAGUCAUCUUCGACACCGACUUCAACACAAUCGGCGACGAUGGCCAGGCCUUCGCAAUGGCAGCCCAGCUGCACGCAGCAGGGGAACUAGACCUCCUCGGCAUAACAGUCGUGACAGGCAACCAGUACCUAGACCAGGAAGUCUCCGACGCCCUCAAGGCCGUCGGGCGCAUGGGCAUAUCCCAUGAGGUCGGCGUCUACCCAGGCGCCCCGGCCCCCUUCCUGCACACCUACCAAGCCUACCAGCUCGAGCGCGCCACCUUCGGCAACGCCACGAAGUACGUCGGCGCAUACCAGUCCCCACCGGGGUCGCAAGCCCUCGUCGCACCCCCGGACGGCUUCGCGGCGUCUACGGUCCCCAGGACCCAGCAUGCCGUGGACUUCAUAAUCGAGGCCGUCCGCUCCCACCCGCACGAGGUCUCCCUCCUCGCCCUGGGGCCGCUGACCAACAUCGCGCUCGCCAUAACCCAGGACCCGGGCAUCGUGCCCCUCGUCCGCGAAAUCGUCAUCAUGGGCGGGCAGGCCUACGCCCCCGGCAACGCGUACCGCGGCGCGGGCGAGACGAACUGGUGGUUCGACGCCGAGUCCGCGCGGGCGGUGCUGCGGGCCGGGUUUCGCGAGCGCAAGAUCGUCGGGCUGGACGUCACCGACACGGUGGCCAUCUCUAACGAGACUUAUGAGCGCGUCGCGGGCCACGAGCCGGCUACGGCUGUCACGGCGCUGUGCGGACGUGGAGAGGUGGCCGUAUGCUUAUGA